AUGGCGCGUAAUCAACCUUCUGUGGCAACUCGAUUGCCCCUCGCCAAAUUUUCGUUUACCACCACGACCGUCAACUCCCAUGCCUGUAUGAUCUGGACUCAUAUUGAUGGUGAUGGAUCUCUUUUCUGUGAGACAGAAAGUCAUGCCAAAGACGGGAUGAAGCCCACCAGCUUCUUCAUCAAAGUUGUUCAAAACAACAGUGUCUUGGAACAAAUUGAUCUCGCACCUCAUCUCCAGAGUCUCAGCAAUGAGCCCGACUCGAGCCAGCCCGGCCCUCGCCUAAAGCCAAAGUUUGUGGUGGUAGUGAAACUGCCGUGUCUGGCAAUCAAGUUUCCACUUGAUGAAACCCAUGUACGACGGUUUCAGAUCAAGUUUAGCCGAAAUCGGGACUACUAUGCAAUGCUCUCGAUGCUUAGCGGUAUCGAUUGUCCUCUGACCGAAGGCGCCUGGCCAGCAGCAAGCCGACACUCAUCAAGCACAUCUGUGGGCACAGCCCCUACGCCCCGUAUCUCAGGACGAGACACGGGCAAUAUGAUCACACCUGAGAGUGUCAGACCAGAUACCUCUGGUCAGCCGGCUCGAGCCGAGUCCGGCUUAGAUUCAGUCUCAAUCGCCCCAUCCGCCCCGUCCGCUCAAAUGCAGGGCUCUGUUCAUGGUGCAGAUACUCCUUUCCAUGAAAGUCAAAACACUCUGGCAAAUGCAGAAACAGCGACACUAUCGAAUCCCGAGUCCGGAAAAAUGCCGCAGGAGCGGCACCGUGCCCUGAGAUCGUCCUCACAGCUUAACUCAGGGCCUGUCUACCGCCAAGAGGAACUGAGUAAAAUGCUGCCACCCAAGAGAGAUCUUCCAUUUCCAAAACUCAAAUCCCGGAGUGAAAGGGUGGAUGUGAUCGGAACCACCUCAAGUCAGCAGGUCAUACCAGAAUCGUCCUAUUCAGUAAAGAAUGUCGAUAGACAACCCAACUCCAUGAUGCCUGAUUCCCAACCACCCUUGGUUCCAACUCUGCCGUAUCCGGAGCCUAACAAAGAUGGACGGAACGAUUCGUUCAUGACUGAGUUGCAAUCUCAGUUGCUUGGAACUCAAGCGUACCCGGAAUCGAUGGACUUGUCGCAAGACUUCCCUGAGCUACCACCGACGUUGCCCAUGCUGCAUGCUGAAUCUCGAAUUCCGAGAGAAGACAACUCUCCCAAUAACGAUUCGAACAGCCGAGUUGAUCAGGAAGGGAAUGCCCCCGACGCUCAACCUCACACAACAUUGGUACGAUUGGUGCACACCUCUGUGGAGGAACAGCUCGCAGAGUACCUUAAAGCACCGACAUUGGAGCGCACUGCAUUCCUAGAGAAUUGGAUGUGUGAAUUGCUUGGAGAUGACAAAUUUGUGAAGCUCUGUGAGGAUGUGGAGAAUACUUGGAGACGGUUUGCGUUCGGAGAAAAACGAUGA